AUGGCGAGCGCGCCGGCGAGACCGCCCCGCUACGGCGUCGAAUCCGCCAUGGACCAGUUUGGCGGCAGCGCCGCCGACAACAACUCCACCGCUUCGCACGGCUCUUCUAGUCGCUUCGCUCCUGCCGCCGGUACACGCUCCUCUUCGACGCCUGCACCAACGCCGAUAGCGCUGGGCGAAGCUCUGACUCGUUCCGAAAACGACCCCGUGACCGCCCUCGACCAGGUCUUGGCUGAGCGAAACCAGUUCUGCCUGGACAAUGCCAAGCUCUCUUCCGAAAACGUUCGCAUUUGGAACCUCAUGGGCCGAAUCCGCAAAGAGAACGAGAACCUCAAGGCAAGAUGUGCCGAGCUCGAGCGUGCUUCCGGCAUCGCGCCCAGCAGCACCAAGACAUCCAACCUCACCUCGGCAACCGGUGCUGUGCCCAGCUCUCCCGCCAGCGAUCGAAGGAGGCUUCCCUUUGGCAACGAGGGCGGAAGAUCGAGCCCUCUCAGCCCGCAGCGCCACGGUCGACAGAACUCUCGUACCGAUCUCGAACAGCGUCUAGCUUCAAUGGCCCCCGCAGCAGCCGCUUUCGGCACCCACCAAGCUGCAUCAGAUCAGCCUCAGCCGUCGAUCGGAACACCCGCUGCCACGCACGAGCAAAUCGCCACGCCCUCUUUCGCCAACGGUUCCAGCCAUGCUUACGACAGUCCCAUCUCCAGCGUCGAUCAAGGACCCUCGCGCACCACCCAGCCAGUCGACACGGGCGCUGACCGGAGUGUUAGCAACGGCUCUCAAGCUUCCAUCAUGCAGCAGCGUGCAGCUGCACAGGCGCAGGCGCAGGCGCAGUCCAUGUCCUUGGCCCAUCCAGGUCACGGUGCAGACGAGCCCACCGAUUCCUUGGCCAGCCAGGAGGAUUUCGAAGCCAUCGACCGCAGCUCGGCUUCAGGUACGGAUGAGGGCCCUCACACAAUCGGGAUGACCCCGCAGACAUCAGCCGCUCAAGAUGCUCUCCGUGCGCUUCACCCUCCGAGCCAGACUCAGCCAUCGGCCUCUGGCGUCGUCGCUUCCCCACACGUCGACAGGAGCGCAGAGCAAGAGAGGUCGCUGCUAGCAUCGGGUCCCAACCGCAAUCGAGCCGAAGUCACGCCCAUGAUGAUCCCCUCCUCCACCAGCACGCGAUCCCUUGUGUCCAAGGUCGUAUCCGAGGACCGUCUCUCGCGUGGCCUCGGCUCGCGCAGAUCCAAAGACGAUGUCAAGAAGCGCGUUCUCGCCCCUCGGCUCGACUCGUCACUUCUGCGCGUAGCCAGUGUCAAGAUCCAAGGAACCAACUAUCGCGCGCCCGAUCGCGGCAAAGAGUCCAUCUCGUUCUUUAUCACCGUCGACAUCCUUCACCCGCCUGCCUCGUGGGGAAUCAACAGCAUGUCCUCUGGUGAACCUACGCCUCCCACGUCCUGGACCAUCGAGAAGAGCUACACGGAUAUCGUCGGCCUCGAUGCCAAGCUUCGCAGCAAGGUGGGCAAAAAGGCCGCCCAACGUCUCGCCCCUCUGCCCGACAAAGCGCUCUUCAAGGACCAUGCGCCCGCAAAGGUGGAUCAGCGCAAGGCACUGCUGGAGAUCUACCUUCAAAGCCUCAUGGUGCUCGAGCUGCCCGACAAGGAUGAAGUCUGCACCUUCCUCUGCACCGACGUUGUGCCCAACCGCAACCGCGACCCAGCCUCGUGCAACAAGGAAGGCUUCCUCACCAAAAAGGGCCAAAAUCUCGGCAGAUGGGUCACCCGCUUCUACGUGCUGCGCAAUUCGUAUCUCAGCUACUUUGAAACGCGUGGCGGUCCCCACAUCGGAAACAUCAACAUCAGAGAAGCUCAGAUUGGUCGACAGCAGAAGAGUGCCUCGGCCAACGAGCAGGAUGAGAAUGCCUAUCGUCACGCCUUCCUCAUCCUCGAAAAGCGUGAAGCGAGCCACGACGAGCCGGCUCACAUUGCUCGGCACGUCCUUUGCGCUGAGAGCGACGAGGAGCGCGACGACUGGGUCGAUGUGCUGGUGCGUGCCAUUGCUGAACUCGAUGGCAACUCGGUCGAUAACGCACCCGCAUCUCCGACCCUGGCGAUGAGCAAGAUGUCCUUGUCUCAAAAGCCCUCCACGCCUAGCCGAGAUGGCGGCUACAGCAGUCGUCUCCCCGAUGCCACCUUCAGCCCAUCUGCCGACACCUCCUCGCGCCCCUUCGCGACCGACACGGACCGAGCUGCCUCCGCCGGCCCGGACUCUAGCAGAAACCCCUCGGCGCGCUUGAACAGCCUCGACUCGACCGCCACUGGUAAGCAAGCUCCGUCGACCGCUGCCACCUCGUUACCGCAAUCUGCCUCUCAUCGCAGCUUCAACGAGCCUCGAUCGCCGAUCGCGAACCGAAACGUCGACUUGCAGGAUGCUCCUGGUUCGCCUGGCCCUCGCAGAGACUCGCUCGGUCGUUCCAAAGCGGCCAUCAGCGGGCCUAUCAACGGCGCACCCAUUCCCGCAGGCUACAAAUUCGGUGCCAAGGACGACACGCCAUCCGACAACAAGAAGGAUGACAAGAAGCGAUUCUGGCAAGGAUUCCGCGCUUUUGGCGGCCAUGACAAGCACAACAGGGAACCUAGACCCGUGUUCGGAGUGCCGCUGGCAGAGUCGAUUGCGAUCUCCAGCAUCCAUGAGGGCCUGGCAUUGCCUUCCGUCGUGUACCGCUGCAUCGAGUAUCUGGAAAAGCGGAAUGCCUUCUUGGAGGAAGGUAUUUACCGUCUUUCUGGCUCAUCGGCCGUCAUCAAGACGCUCAAGGACCGAUUCAACAUGGAAGGCGAUGUCGAUCUGCUCACCGAGAACGACUUCUUCGAUCCACACGCCAUCGCUGGCUUGCUCAAGACCUUCUUGCGAGAGUUGCCCACCAGCGUCCUUACGCGCGAGCUUCACAUGGACUUUAUGCGAAUCAACGAGCUCCAGGAUCGGGUGGAACGUGUCAACGAGCUGGGCCAUCUUGUUUCGCAGCUACCUCUGGCCAACUACUCGCUCCUGCGAACUCUGUGCAGCCACCUGAUCAAGAUCAUCGAGCACUCGGACGUCAACAAAAUGACCAUGCGAAAUGUCGGGAUCGUCUUCAGUCCUACGCUAGCAAUCGGUGCCGGCAUCUUUGCGCUAUUCUUGACAGAGUUCGACGCUGUUUUCGAGACUGAUGCCAACGGCGAACCUGCUCCCAGGCGUCUCGAAGAAGAGGUGCCCGACAUUGAUCCGCUGGACCAAGGCGUCGCGGACGGCUCUCCCUUGCAGGACGCAAAGCGUCGAAACCGCAACUCGGUUCAAUACCGCGACAGCCAGGCCGAACGGCUGCUGGGUCUCGAAGGACGCAGCCUUGCUCACCGAAGCGCGGAUGAUGACAUGGAAGGUAUCCCGGAGCCGAUCCACGAGAGUUGGGUGGAGACCGCUGAUGAUGAACCCAACUACAUCCGAUAUGCGGAGCAGGAUGGAAAUCAGCAGCAGCAGCAACAGCCCCUGGCGACCACAGGUUGA